AUGCCACCUAUUGUCGUUGUGCCUGACCUUGACAUUGUGUCAGAGGUCAGAGAUGACGAAUAUGUGGAAAUUGAUUUUUUGAUGCCGAAUGGGAUCUUCAUUCCCCUGAAGGUCAACUUUUAUGAUUCACUUGAAAUAGUGAAAAGGAGGCUAUGGAAGGAGGCAGCAAGCUAUCCAUUGUUCAAGGCAGUCGGCAAGCAUCAGUCAUAUUCCUUCAUCUUCAUCAACAAUUCAGGACAAAAGGAUGAAGUAAUAGAUGAAGACAUGAGCUUGAAUGACAUUCGACCUUCAGUAAGGUUCCUCAAGGUCAUACAGAAGCAAUCUAAUGACCCAAAACGAACUCUGGAUCGACAAAAAUCCCACCUAAUAGGCUCAAGAGCAAUGCAGAUAAUUGAAGCACAGCAAGCCCCUGAAAUAGCAGAUUUUAGAUUGAAAAUGCAGAUUGUUGGCAAUGAAACUACUUGUAAUAGAAACGAGGACCAGUCGGGCUGGCAAGCUUUCAUGAUCAAGCAUCCCCUUCGACUGACCGAUACAGGUGUCUCUGACAGUGGAAGGGAGGUAAUGCAGGAAGGCCUUGUUCUAACAGUGUAUGUGGAGGAGCCAUCUGGGUGUCUCCUGGAAAUUUAUCUAAAUCAUUUUAUUGACUUUGAGCAGAACCAAAUAUCCUUCAUGAUGAAAGAAUCAGUUGCAAGUAGUCCUACACAGCUGAUUGAGCAGGCUUUGAGCAAAUGGGCGAAUAAGACUGGGAAACAGGGUCGUGUCCCCGACAGUUAUCUCCUCAAGGCUGUUGGACUGUCUGAUUACAUCUAUGGGGAGCAGCGUCUGGUGCAGUAUAAGUAUGUGAAUGACUGUAUAAUGAAGAACGAGGCUCCAGCUUUCCUGUUACAAAGUAAAGAUGAUGUACUAGAGAGAAGUGAGACAGUUAGUCGACCACGCCCAAGCAUCCCGGCACGUCCCUCAGCAGGCUCAAAUUUAUCCCCAUCCAUCAAACCUCCUGUAUCUGUGUGGCAUGUACCUGAGCCCUUUGCCUUCAAACUACAGUAUGCCAAAAAUAUAGAGAUUCCAAAUGGAAAUAAGGUGAAGUUUUAUGCUGGACUGUUUUAUGGCCCCGAGUCACUGGAGACACAAAGUACAGAAGAUAUGGUCAUCUCGGACAGCCAGUGUACCUGGAACCAAGAAAUGGUUUUCAAGACAGAGGUUAGAGAAAUCCCCCAUAUGUGUCGUCUCUGCAUGGCUCUCCAUGGACGUAAAGGCAAGGAAAACACUCUGAUAGCAUGGGUAAAUGUCCCUCUGUUUAACUACAAGUCGAGGCUGAUGAGGGGAGAUUAUAAGUUCUCCAUGUGGGGAAGAUCUGAUCAUCAACAACAAGAUGAAAACUUUUAUCCAAUGGGGGCUGUUUCCCAGAAUCCUGAAGAUGCUACAGUCAUAGCAAUCACAGUCCCAAACUUUAAUAGGGCAGUCCCCAUCAUAUUCCCAUCAGACAAAGAGGUACUGCAAUGUGCCAGUGACAACAUGGAGGAUCCAGAUAGCCUUGGCUCUCCUACAUGGCAUCCGAGUAACUCCCACCUCAUCCACCUUCAACAGAUCCUGGAAACUGACUCAACCAACACUUGUCAACUGGCAGAACAGGACAAAGACUUAAUGUGGCUUCUGCGGUAUGAGUGUCGCGACAACUAUCCGCAGGCACUUCCUCAACUUCUGUCAUCUGUGAAAUGGUACACUUACAAGGAUGUUGCCAAGAUGCAAGCCCUUCUACAGACUUGGAGACCAAUUCCAGUCGACUGUAUUCUCUCGUUGCUAGAUUACAAUUUUCCGGACAAAAACGUCCGCAAGAAGGCCAUUGAAUGGUUGGAUGAGACACUUUCUGAUGAAGAAUUAUCUCAGUACAUGCUACAGCUAGUCCAGUCCCUCAAAUUUGAGUCAUACCUCUACUCUGAACUUGCAAAAUUCCUAUUGGAGAGAUGUCUACGUAACCAGCACCUUGGCCAUCAGCUGUUCUGGCUUCUGAAGUCAGAACUUCAUGAUUCGAAGGUGACUGUUCAGUUUGGUUUGAUUUUGGAAGUAUACCUCAAAUUCAGCCGGGACCAUAUUCCAAAUAUCUGUAAACAACAGGAGUCAUUAAGCAAGCUCUGCAGUCUCAAUCAAAUAGCUAAACAGAAAAACGUAAGUUUUAAACAUGUGUAUAACAAUGUUAAGGCAGUUGAUCGAAUACGGCCUUUACUUGCACAUAAGAACUACACUGAGCCACUGUCAAAUCUGUGUACGCCACUAACCCCUCUCUUCAAGGUCGGCAUCCUCAGACAUGAGAAGUGUAAAGUGAUGGAUUCAAAGAAGAAACCUCUGUGGUUACACUGGACAAACGCUGAUGAGAGAGGCCAGGAUAUACUCAUUAUGUACAAGAAUGGAGAUGAUCUCAGACAGGAUAUGCUUACAUUACAAAUGUUUACGAUAAUGGAUAAUAUCUGGCGAUCAGAGAACCUCGACCUCAGGAUGAACCCAUACCAAUGUGUUGCUACAGGCUUCAUGGAGGGUAUGAUCGAGGUGGUACAGAAUUCUGCCACCAUUGCAAAGAUCCAAUCAAGCAAAGGCCAAAAAUCUGCCUUCAACAAGACUUUAUUGUUUGAUUGGCUAAAACAGAAAAAUCCACUGGAGGAAAAUCUCCUAAAAGCUGUGAAGGAGUUCACUUUGUCAUGUGCUGGGUACAGUGUAGCUACUUACAUACUUGGCAUUGGGGAUCGACAUAAUGACAACAUCAUGCUAAAGGAGUCGGGACAGCUAUUCCAUAUUGACUUUGGACAUUUCCUUGGAAACUUCAAAAGUAAAUUUGGUGUGAAGAGAGAGCGUGUUCCCUUCAUUCUGACAGACCACUUUGCAUAUGUCAUCACUAAGGGGGAAUGUAUGAUGGAUAACUUUACUCAGUUCCAGAACACUUGUGUGGAAGCCUACCUGAUCAUCCGACGGAAAGGCCCACUUCUCAUACGUCUGUUUAUGAUGAUGAUCAUGGCGGGUAUUCCGCAGCUGACUAGUGUAAACGAUGUGGAAUACCUGAAAGAAACAUUGGUCCUCCAUCUCGAUGAAGAAGAGGCAAAAGAACAUUUUCUUCAGAAAUUUCAGGAAGCCAUCAAUAACAGCUGGAAAACCAGUGUUAAUUGGUGGAUUCAUUUAAGGGCCCAUUAA